CCGCUCGCACCCCGCAUUUCCCGUCUGUCCGGGUCGAGUCCGCUCUCCUCCUCGUUCUCGCUCCUUCCCCUUCCUCUCUCCUUCCUCCUCCUCUUCUUCAUCCAUCAUCUCCUCACUAAGUUCACCAACUAUGGCUGCUACUCCCGGUGGCAGACACGGCUCAAGGUCAUCGAUAGCCUGCAAGCGCUGUCAUCAGUCGAAGAUCAAGUGCGAUGUCUCUGCCCACGGAUCUCCCUGUUCUCGUUGUCGUGAGCGCGGCAUUACCGACUGCGAACCCAUCCAGAGUCGACGAGGCACCUACGAUCGAAAGGAGUGGCUGAAGAGAGUCAAAGCAAAGAAAGCUGCUGAGGCUGCUGCUAAUGUUAAUGCUGUUUCCGCGAGUAGUGAUGUUGGCGGCAGCAGUAGAAGCAGCAGCAGUGGCUCCUCCUGCUCAUCCACUACGGACAACGAUAACUUCGCCAAACAACAGCAGAAUCAAGCUCACGAUUCGACCGAUGAGGAGAAGGGCAGUGCUGAAGAGCUGCCCUCAAGCAGCGCUGCAUCGCUUUCCUUCCUUCGCCAGCAGCAUUGCUUUGAUCUGCCUCCUCCCGAUGUCCUCGACGCCCUCCUCUCCGCCUACUUUACGCACGUUCAUCCUACUCUUCCCAUUCUCAACCGCCGUCUCAUUGCCGCUCAGCACGCCCGGUCUACAAUCCCCUUCCUGCUUCUGCAUUCGAUCUGUUUUGCUGCUGCGACACACGUGCCCCUCGCCUUUCUUGUCGUCCCGCCAUUGUCCUCUCUCACCGUGGCCUCUACUCCUGUUGCAUCUCGAAAAGAGGCUCGUUUAGAGUACUAUCGUCGUGCCAAACUUCUAUUUGACUCUGCAAUUGAGAAAAAUGGUCUUGUCGUUGUGCAAUCCUGUAUCUUGCUCUCUAUCUAUGGCGACAAGCGCGAAGAGUCCUGGAACACAACAUCCUGGAUCGACGCCGCUGCUACCGUUCUUGAACACUCGGAGCAUGCCUCUCUUCCGGGGCUCUGGCGCCGAAUAGCCUGGACCCUAGUGUCUCGCGACGUAUUUUGUGCUACCCUCCUCGGCAAGCAGCCUCGCAUCAAUCGCAUUGACAACCUGCCGCCGCUUACUAUCAACGACUUUGACGACGACCUCGACUGUGACGAUAUCUCUCUCUUUGGUCAAUUUCAUCCUGAUAUCGCCCAGUAUGUUAUUGAAGUAUCGACCCUCACUCUCCAUCUACGCGACAUUGUCAUUGCCUCCCGCCAUCCCCUCGGCAUUUCGCAGCCGUUUAUCCUUUCAAUCUUGCAAUCUCUUGACAAAUGGAGAGCCCGCGUUCCAGUCUCUCUUCGUCUCCUCACAAAUUCUCCAAGCUCCGAUCUCUACAUUUACGCCGCAGCACUAUCGCUUAUGUACAACCAUCAUCUCAUAUAUCUUCAUCAAAUGACUCUCACCACUUCUCCUUCUCCUUCUUCUACCUUUGGGCUCUCCGGUGGCAUUGCUGGCGCAGGAUCAGUCAGCGUUGCCAUUGCUCAGGACUCAGUCAGCCAGAUAGCUGAUCUUGGAUCAUCUCUUGUCACUUCUUCCACCAUUCCUUUACUACCGCCGGACUCCCACAACAGUUUUUUCAUGUCCAUUGUCAUGCUCUUUUCUCAAAUUCAAAAUAAUUGGUCGACCUCAAGCACUCCUGCUGAUAAGCUUCUCAAAACUCAGCUCAAAGUUUGUGAGAUGGUUGUCUACAAAGCGAAAGAGACUUGGGACCAUGCUGAAUGGAUCUUGAAUCUUUCAGAGUCUUUGCGUCAAAAGCUCGAUGCUCUGGCCGAAAAGAAGGAAAGUCUUGGACUUAUCGAACGCCGAAACUCUUUCAAUCAGCAGAUGAAACAGCGAGAGGAGCUAUUGGAGGAGCAGCAACAACAGCUGCAAAAUACUCCCACUCUUCGUCGAGAGGAGAGAGUCUUUACAACAACGGCAAUGACUACCUCCGCAAAUCUCUCACAGCUUCAAUUCUCAUCUAAGGAAAGCUUGGACGAGAGUAAUGGCGAACAAGAGCCAAACGGGUUUGCCUCUAGCAGUAGUGAUGAAGAGGAGUUUAUCUGGAACUUUGACGAUCACUCAUAUGCUUCCUCUAAUGCUACUUCUGAGGUUGAGAGCGAGAGUCUGUUUGGCCUCGAUGUUUUGAAACCAUCUGAGGAAUUGAGUCCUUUGACUCCUGGUCGCAAGGAUAACGUCGAUGUCGAUGUCAUGGGGGUUGAGCAGAAUGUGUUUGAAGAAAUGGCAGAGUGGUUUGUUAAUUUGGAUGGAUACGCUUAAGUGUGACUAUAAAAUCUAGCUUUUUAUGUUUGUAAUAGUAGGGGGAUCAAUGUAUAUGUAUCAAUGGUUUGGUAAUAAAAUUUAUUUGAAAAG